AUGGCCAGCAUGAAUCGAUACAAUUGGCUUUGCGUGCUGUACGUGACCUUCGGGGCCGUAUUUUAUGGCUAUGAUUCUGCCUGCACGACAUCGGUGCUUGGUUAUACCUCCUUCCUCGAAUAUUUCAACUUGAACUCUACCACCAUUGGCGCCAUGGGAUCGGCAUACUACGCUGGCGCCGUUGUCGGCAUGGCUUCGAAUUGGUAUCUACCCAACAAAUACGGCCGCAUUCGGACCAUCCAGAUCGGCUGUUUGGCCUCUAUACUCGCUGCGGCCAUGCAGACAGGUGCCCACAGCUAUGGCACCUUCGUGGCUGGACGAGUCAUCGGCGGAAUGGCCUCGGGCUUGAUCUUCGUCGUCUGCCCUGCCUACAGUUCCGAAAUUGCACCUCCCAUGAUGCGAGGCCGGAUUGGCGGGCUUUAUGCAGUCAGUGUCAACGGAGCUUAUUGUUUUACCGAAUGGGUUGGCCUAGGAUUCUACUUUAUCAAAGGCGACGUCUCCUGGCGCCUCCUGCUGGGCUGCCAGCUGAUCCCCGGCACCCUCAUGUUUGCCUGCUCCUUCUUGAUGCCCGAGUCUCCCCGUUUCCUCGUCUACGUGGGCCGCCACGACGAGGCCUUGACGGUUCUCAAGAAGAUGCACGGCACCACGCACGACGACACCUUUUACAUGCGCGAGUUCCACCAGAUCAAGGCCCAGAUCGAGCUUGACAGGGAAGAGCGACUGGGACUCAAGGCGAUCUGGCAAAAGCCCUCGUACCGCAAGCGAUUCUUGUUGGUGUUUUGGUACGCCAUUGCAUGCAUGCUUUCCGGUGUCAUCGUCAUCCAAAACUACCAGGUUAUUCUUUACACGAAUGUUGGAUUCAGCAACGUCAUGUCGCUCAUCCUGACCGGUGUAUGGGGCACCGUUGGCACCCUCUCUGCCAUAUACGCCGCUUUCUGCUUUGACUGGAUGGGACGACGACCAACCAUGAUCACAUCGUACAUUCUCAUCAUCGCCGGCACCCUCACGACUUGUAUCACCUGGGCCGUCUACGAAAACGGCGGAAGCACCAACCGCGGUCUCGCCAAGGGCAUCAUUGUGGCCAUGUUUUUCGUCGGGCUUGGAUACGCUGGACCUGCCAACGCCUUUUUGGCAACUUAUCCCGCCGAAAUCAUGCCCACCUCUGUGCGCCCCGUCGGCGUGGCCGUCAGCUACAUGACGCAGCACGUCCUGAUCAUCAUCCUGGUGCAAUUCACCCCGGAGGCCAUCGAGACCAUCUCGUGGAAGUUUUUCCUCAUCUUUGUGUGUUCGAGCUUCAUCUUCUCCAUUGUCUUUGUCCUGUUCUACCCGGAGACGAGACACAAGACACUGGAAGAGAUUGAGGCCAUUUUCGGCGACAAGGUCGCCGAAACGCUCGACGAAGCUGGCGAACACCUCAAGAUCGAACACGUCGUCGACGAAAAGGCCCAGGCGCGGGGAAACGUCGGGGCCGUCGCCGUCCACGAAGAGGGUAUUGGCAAGGUCAACAACGACACUGUCUAG